AUGACUUUUCGAAACAAAUCUAACUUGCGUACACAUGUACGCCAUCAUUCUGGAGAUAAAAGUACAGCAUGCCCAUUUUGUGGGACGUUCUUCUCCAAUAAUUCAAAGCUUUUCAACCAUAUGGUGAGGAAACUGUCACCAAAUGGUAUGUUUGAAAAGUACGCUGUCGCUUGUCAUUUUUGUCAGAAGACUUUCAAUUCGGAGAGGCUUUUGCGGGAACAUAUUCGACGACAUGUUAUGAAUUAUAAAUGCCAGUUUUGUUCUGUUACUCUUGACUGUCCAUCGGCUUUGCAUAGACAUAUACUAAAUGUUCACGCAAACCUUCGGCAGUUUUGCUGCAACCUUUGCAGCCGGAAGCUUUGUGUUUUAAAUUGCACUGACUUGGAUCGACACGUUGGGGCAAUACACUCCAAUGACCUUGCUCAUGUUUGUGCUGAAUGUGGUGACAAGUUCCACUGGCGAAAACAGUUGGUUACGCACAUGAGGAAACACAAAGAGGGAUACCAACCUUUUACUCAUUUAUGCCAUUUGUGUGAGGCUCGGUACGCUAACGGGUUUGGUUUAAGCCGCCAUCUUUUGAAGAAACAUAAGUGUAAGGUCCCUGUAGGUUUUACUCGUUAUCAGUACAAAAAAUGUGCAGAUGGGUUUAUGCGGCUGCAGACAAAAAGGUGCUUGAGCAAGACGUUGGCGUUACAGUUGGGAAUACCUUCAAAUGAUUCAAAUUAUGUAACUGUUCGAAAUUUGUAA